AUGUGUUCCCAGCGGAGAAAUACAAGACAAUUUUGUAAGGUUAUCGUGCUUGAAGGCUCGGUAUGUGCUGGCUACCCCGUAUACCAAGUGUUUUUCACCAAGGCAAACCACACCUUGUACGAGUUACUAGUGUUGCUCGUACUUCCCGUGCUGAAGUUUAUCAUCAAGCUGGUUUCUAUAUCCGCGGCGAUCCACAAGGAGGAGAUGAUGCCCGAACACGUUGUGUUUACAGUCAACGUUUUCGACAUUCUGUACCUCGCGACGUUCAUGCAGACGAUUUCUUCUACAACAAUUACCGUGAUAAUGGCGAUCGAUUCCGUCCAUUCGGUAAUGUCGGUGAUUUCUCUCCAUAAGCGAACGCAAAAUAUUUCCGACAGGCUUCGAGAGGUGUUGGGUGCAGAUAUUCCUCCCACCCGCUUCGACUUGCUCGAGGCAGUUGAAUUACUUUGUAAUCAUCCUCAGAAAUUGUACAAGCAAAUGCACCCAGAAAUUCGUGUUAGGGCCUGCGUGUCUUACGAAUUGUCGGCUACGCACAAAUGUUUACUGGAAACAAUUGAAAAACAUCUCGUGUACAGCUCGUCCUACCAGAAAUAUCUCGUUCUAUUACCCGCUACAUCAUCAUUCCAGCCUGCGGUGGGAGCUGCGUGGGCUAAGCGCAACACCACGACGUCGAAUGCUGACGAGUCAACGAUCGGGGUUCUACAUGAAGCGCUAGAGGCUCUUUUUACCUCGGAGUGCCUCGUUUUGGCAGAGUAUGUGGAGUUUGUGGUGCCACUCCUGUAUGCAGUGUUUGUGCUGACGAUGGUUCACUUGCCGAGUGCUCAGUACCAUUCCGAGAUGGCGGGGGUUACUGUGGACAACGUGGGUAGAGCAGUGUCGGGAAUUCUUGCGUACGCCAUGCUGGAGUCUGCAUCGUUCAUCCUCCUUGUAGCCAUCACUAGGCGACACUGUGGUAUACGCGCACUAUACCAACUGGCCUUUGUUCUGGAAACCCAAUGGUCCUUGGUCUUGUCCAAGAUUGUUCUGUGGAUGCUGUUUACGCUCGCGUUUCGCAUUGUGCACUUCGGUAAGUUCGUGCCACGACGAAGAAGUUGGUUUUGGCUGAACCGCUUUUGA